AUGGCUACCAGCACGCCCAGCAAGGAAGACCCCAUCCUCAUCAUAGGUGCAGGGACCUUUGGCCUGUCCACAGCCUACGAACUCUCCCACAACGGCUACAAGAACAUCACCGUCCUCGACAGAGCCUCAGAGAUCCCCUCGCCCUACUCAGCCGGUUGCGACCUCAACAAAAUCGUCCGUGCCGAAUAUGAAGAUCCCUUCUACACCGACCUCGCUCUUGAGGCCAUCUCCGCCUGGCAGUCGCCCUUCUUCGCCCCCUUCUACCGACCGACUGGUCUGGUCAUAGCCAACUCGGCCGCGGCCAGCCAGCGCGAGAGAGAUUCGCUAUCUAAAUCGUUCGGUUCGAUUGAACACAACCCCAAAUUUCCGGCCGGUUCACUUUCCCAGAUAAAGUCGCGAGAGGAUCUUCAGGCUGUUGCUCCAUCGCUCACGGGCGCUGCAAAGGGAUGGACAGGCUAUUAUAACAAAUUCGGAGGAUACGCCAGAGCCGGAAGGGCCAUGAAGGCCAUGUACGACACGUGUGCAGCUCGCGGGGUGCGAUUCGUGCUAGGCCCCCGCGACGGGCUCGUCGCAUCGCUCCUCUUCGAUGGGAAACGCUGCCUCGGGGCGCAGGCAGCAUCCGGACGGAAGCACGAAGCCUCUCGCACGAUCGUGUGUCUUGGGGCGGACGUUGCCCGUCUCAUCCCCGAGCUGGGCGGUCAAAUUACAGCCAAGGCGUGGUCAGUUGCUCAUAUACAGCUGACGGGGGAGCAGGCGAGGAGCCUGGCUGGCAUCCCCGUUAUCAACUGCCGGGACUUGGGCUUCUUCUUCGAGCCGGAUGCCGAUACGGGCCUCGUCAAGUUGGCCGCCCAUCGAGCUGGGUUGACCAACUACCAGCCUGCAGCCGGGGGGAAUGGACAGGUCAGCCUACCAUCACACAGUAAAGAUGAUGCUACGAGGGGCAUCCCCCGGGAUGACGAGGACAGAAUCGUGCGACUCAUAACCGAGACCAUGCCGCAGUUCUCUCAUCUGCCCCUCGUGCGCAAGUUCAUCUGCUGGUGCGGCGAUACGGUCGACUCCAAUUUCAUCAUCGACUUCGUUCCAGGCACUGAAGCGCAGUCUCUCAUGGUUUUCUCUGGGGACAGCGGACAUGCGUUUAAGAUGCUGCCGGUGGCCGGGCGCUGGGUUCGGGAUGUCCUGGAACGCGAGGAGCAGAACCUGGCUAGGUGGAAGUGGAAGAAAGAUCUUAAGGGUGGUCCAGAUGACAUACACUGGCGGCCGGGCGGAUUGGAGGAUCUGAAGGAUGUCAAAGACUGGGUACCGCAGACGAUGGUACCUAAUGUGCGUCUAGAGAAGCUUUAG